CAAGUUGGAUUGUUAAAUAUAAUAAUGCAUACAAAAUAUACUUUCAAUUUAUUUUUGGCACAAACAAUGACAAUACUAUUUAUCAUAAAUUCUGUCACAGCAAAUUUAUUGGAAAAACUUACAGAAAUGACUUUAGCAGAGUCACCAGUUGUAAAUAAAGAAGUGUCUUCAAAGCAGGAAAUAGCAGAUGUUUCAAUAGGACAAUACUUUCAAGAUAUAUUUUCUGAACAUCUUGCACCUCUUAAAAUUGAAUUUGGUCAUGUCUGUGAAAAUCCUAGUGAAUGGGAACAGAGAUUUGAACAAAGAGACUUUGAUAAUAAUCAUCAUAGUGGCAAGAUAAAAUGGGGUAACAAAUAUGGAAAUUAUGGCGAGCAGUAUUGGGAUUUGAAUCAUUAAGUUUAAUCGCAAAAUUAAUUGUUCAUAAAUAAAUAUUAAUAAUUUCUGUUUAAUAAUUCCUUAUUUAUAAUUAUUGUGACAGUUUAUUAUAAUAACAUAAUUGUCAUAAAACAAAAAAAUCUUAGAAGUAGAAAAAAAUUAUAAAUAAUGAAUGUUUUAAAAAAAUAAAAAUUUGUGAAACAAAUAAGAAAGUACAAAUAAAGAAGUUAAU